AAGAAUAAGAGGCUUAGAGGAUAUGAGAGUAAAAAACAACAACCAUAAGCAUAACAACGAUGAAACAUCCCACAAACUAGACAAGGGCAAGACCGUCUUUUCACUUCCCUCUCGCUAGCUCGCUCUCAAUUCUUCAUUCGGUUUGAUUUCUAGGAGAUUCUCUACUUCUUCGUAUUUGAUGAUUUAGGGUUUACAGCGUGAUUCGUUGCGACAUUUUAAUAGAUUAAUACAAACAGGACUCCAACUCACUUGAACUUCAACAAACUCUCCCUUUCAAGUGUGAACCCCUUCAACAUUGUAAACUACCUCUUGAGUGGAAGCUCUUGUCCAUGAGUACUCAACGAUGUUGCUUGGUUGUUCCAAUGUUCAUCUAAGCAACACUGUUUGGAUUCAUUGCCAUGAUGUCAUUGCCAUGUUUGGAUUCAGCCUAAGCUUGUGAGGUUUAGGUUUUGUUGAGUGUAUUCCUUUUGCAGGUUGUGCUAAGGCUUAGGAUAUCGUUGAAGCUUAUUUUGGACUUAUAUCAGAGAGAAAAUGGGUUAUAUUGGGUCUCAUGGUGUUGCGGCUUUGCACAAAUAUAAAUAUAGUGGAGUAGAUCAUUCCUACGUGGCCAAAUAUGUACUGCAACCCUUUUGGACUCGCUUUGUUAAUUUUUUCCCCCUAUGGAUGCCUCCAAACAUGAUAACUCUUAUGGGAUUUAUGUUCUUAUUAGUGUCUGCAUUGAUUGGUUAUAUAUACUCUCCACAUUUGGACUCAGCUCCGCCAAGAUGGGUUCAUUUUGCCCAUGGACUACUUCUGUUUUUAUACCAGACAUUUGAUGCGGUUGAUGGGAAGCAAGCUAGACGAACAAAUUCCUCAAGCCCAUUAGGAGAGCUCUUUGAUCAUGGGUGCGAUGCACUAGCUUGUACGUUUGAAUCAUUGGCUUUUGGGAGCACAGCCAUGUGUGGAAGAGGUACUUUCUGGUGGUGGUUAAUAUCUGCAAUUACAUUUUAUGGUGCAACUUGGGAGCACUAUUUCACCAAUACACUUAUACUGCCCGUUAUAAAUGGGCCCACAGAGGGUCUGAUGAUAAUAUACAUCUGUCACUUUUUCACUGGUAUCGUGGGUGCUGAGUGGUGGGCUCAGCCAUUUGGAAACUCUUUGCCAUUUUUAAGUUGGCUUCCUUAUCUUGAGGGAAUCCCAACAUUCAAAGCUGUAUUGUGUUUAAUGAUAGCUUUUGGUGUUACACCAACAGUUACAUGCAAUGUUACUAAUGUCUAUAAGGUUGUGAAGGCAAGGAACGGAAGCAUGCCACUUGCACUGGCAAUGCUUUACCCAUUUGUUGUACUUGUGGGAGGAGUUCUUAUGUGGGAUUAUUUGUCACCAUCAGACAUCAUGGGGAGAUAUCCACAUUUAGUUAUUAUUGGGACAGGACUUACUUUUGGAUACCUUGUGGGGAGGAUGAUUUUGGCUCAUCUAUGUGACGAACCUAAGGGUCUUAAAACUGGCAUGUGCAUGUCCCUCGUGUAUCUCCCAUUGGCCAUUGCUAAUGUCCUUGCAUCAAGGCUGAAUGACGGGGUUCCUUUAUUAGAUGAGAGACUAGUUCUUCUUGGUUACUGUGCAUUUUCAGUGGCACUUUACUUGCAUUUUGCCACAUCAGUCAUUCAUGAAAUUACCAAUGCCCUGGGAAUAUAUUGUUUCAGGAUAACUAGGAAGGAAGCUUGAAUCUACCCAUAAUUUCCUUUAGCUUGCAGGUCAAGCCAAAUUCUGGCCAGGCUUUGGUCAGUACUAAUUUUGCUUUAUUUGACAAAUUUGAACUAACUUGGAGGUUGUAAUUAUAUGCUGAUUCAAAGAUAAACUAGGAGAUGUUGAGUGUUUCAAAUCAACCACUAUAAAUAUUUAUUUUAAUUUUGAAUAUGACUACAAAAAUCUGCAUGUUUUCUUUUUU